AUUUAAGUUUCUACCUACUCUUACUUUAGUGAUGACUUGAACUACUUGUAAUUUAUUCCAAUGUCGUUCACACCAAACUUCCGAUCGGGUUUUAUUUACUUUCUCAAUUAUUAUCUUGUUAUUUUUAAUAAUAUAACUCUUUUACAACCAAUAACGAAUCCGGAAGAAUCAUUUGACUUAUAUUUAAAUUCUAUAAAUAAGAAUAAAAAAAAAUGACGUCAAUUAAUUCAAUAUGAAAUUCCACCGGAGAUUAGGUAAUAGAUAAUACUACGAAUUGUAUGAUAAAAUUUAUAGUACUGUAUCAACAGACUUACAACAGUUUUCAUGAAACAGACGCAAACGUGGCUCUGGUAAUUCCAGUAAAAAAAAUUCAGAUAAGUCGAACAAAUGUAUUUUUAUUCUAUACUACAACUAUUUACUUUAUUCGAUAAUCGUAUUUUGGUCCUUUAAAUAAGGCUUCACUUCCAAAUUUUCUCAAACUUCGAAAAACCAAAGACGAGGAAACAUUAUCAUUUGAAAUUGUACUAAGUUAGGAACAAAAAAACUCAUCUUGUAAAUCUGAAUUACUCAUUAUUGGAACCUAACAAUCUUAAAGAUGCUGACCAAGUUCUUUUUAUUUUUAUUCAUCAGCGUUGGAUACUGUCAGAUACUAGAAAAUGAAGAUGCAGUAAAGAGUGAUGAUGAUAAAAAUCUGAUGAUAAAUAUAUCUGAAAAAAAUAUUGCACAUGACAGUUCACAAUUAAAAGAUACGGGCUUUGAUGAACUACAAUUACUUAUGAAAGGCAUGUCAGAAUGUUGCUUGACUUCUGCGCAGAACAUUAGUGAGCUAGAAAAAAAUAUUGUAAAACUAGAAGAAAUAAAUAAUGAUUCUGCAAAGAAUAUGAGUAAACUAAUGGAAAAAGUCCAGCAAUUAGAAAAAGAAAAAGAAGACUACGCAAAGAAUGUGAAUGAACUAAUGAAUACUGUUUCAGAACUAGAAACAGCAAAAAGAGAACUUGAAAACGAGAUUUCUGAAAACAACCGGUGGAUGAAUGAUUUAGUUCAAUAUAGUCGAGAAUUAGAAAAGAGAGAAUGUUCAUUCAAAGAAUUCCGUACAAGAUUAGAUAAGGAAUACGAACGACAAUAUAAACUACGCUUAGAUUUGGAAAAAACAAAAAAAGAAAUGUAUGACAAAUUUAAAAUACUUCGAGAUCAACAACUCCAAGUAUCUCAGUGUAUGAAUGAUGUUACUUUUGCUGAAGACGAAAAUGAAAGAGUAAAUGCUAAGAGUGAAUAUCAUUUAGCGGUAGAGGAUGAAAAAAAUAUUCUCUAUAAAUGUACAUCAAUAUCUGACACAGGAAGAAAUUAUUUAUAUAAGUGCCUUCCGUCACUGGAUGCUUCUUUUAUACCUGAUCCAAACACAGAAACCGAAGAAUCUUCUGCAGAAUAAAAGUUUUUUUUAGU